UCACACGGUUUCCCUCCGUGCCAAUCUCAUCGCUAUAUCCGCGCUCGACCAACGGCGUCCAUCCAUCCCCACAAAGUAGCAGCAUGGCCGGGCGGCUUGCUCCCGUGCCGGAGUUGAGCGCCGCUGGCUACACGGCCGCGUCCCCGCCGCUCAGCGUCUACCGCGAGUCGAUCCGAAGCGUGGCCGUGUCCGGAGGGCGCAUCACACCGAGUCUCUUCUCCCAGUCCGGCAAUGGCGGAUACGGCCACUCCGGAAACUCUGGCUCCGGUGCCUCUGGUUCUGGUUCCACUUCUGGUUCUUCUUACCCGUCCAACAACUCCGGCUCGUCCUCUGGUUCCUCGGUCGCUGCCGCGGCUGACUAUGGCGCGCAGGAGCUCACCAAGAUUGCCCGCCGAAUGGUCAGCGACGGGUACACCCAGCGCAUGGUCAGCGCCUUCGAAAAUGGCGGUGGCUCGGACCGUGCGCUGGAGGCUUGGUUCUCGGAGCUCGACGUGGACUGGGUUCUCCAAAUCCCCGGGGCCGAGGGCGGCGGCUCAUGGCGGCAGCUCCGGCUGCAAGACUCGGUGAAGAGGUGGAUUCGAGCAUUCAUCAUAAUCGUCGCCAGCAUCAAAGAGGUGGCGGCUACUGCCGUCCACGACCACGAGACGACGGCGGUGGCGCUGUUCGGCAAAGGUAGCAUCGCCAAGAUGCUCGUCUUCAUCGACGCCAUCGCCCCUGCAGCAGCUAGCAGCAAGGAGGAGAACCUACGCGCCGUGCUGGACAUGUAUAUAUGCGUCUCCAGUGCAUCAGACAUGUUCUCACCGGAAGCCCAGGCCAAAUUCAAGGGCUUGAGCAAGAAAAUAUUCAUGGACGUAGGCGGCUCGUUGCCCCGAGAAGUGAAGAGGCUGAACAAGGCCGUAUACAGCACGGUACUGGAGGUGAGGGCAUUCGUGGAGGACGACGAAUCAUGGGCCGUCGAGAUUCCGAGAGGAAGAGGUGACGUCCACAGGAACACCUGGUUGAUGGUGAACUGCAUCAAGUCCAUGCAGGACAAGGCACGGUACCACGACACCCAGUACCUCCGUGGCCUGAUAGACGACUCCGUCCUCCAUCUCAAGGAGCUGCUCCUGAGGAAGUCGGAGCUAUGCUCGGACCAAAGCCUGAGGUACCUCUUCCUGCUCAACAAUUCCUACUUAGUGGCAAUGAUGGUUGAGGCAUGGUCGCUGUUGGUCGAGCCAUGGUCUAAGCACGAGUGGAGACCUGCGCCUGAAUGCCUAAAGUACAUGAAUAGAUACCUCGAUGUUUCUUGGGGACAUGUGCAGUCCCACAUGCCCAAAACGGCUUUCGUGCAUGGCUCAGGUCGGCUGCAGAUGUUGUUCUGCAUGCUUGCACCGCUCCAGAAUUGGAAGAGGACCGCUUCACAUGCUAAAUUCGAGUCGGCCUUUCACAAAACCUACCAGGCCCAGAGGUUCUGGAAGGUACCGAAUCCUCAGCUCAGAGACGAGCUGCGGAAGACUAUCACAGAGAGAGUCGUCCCAGGUUACCGCAGCUACCUGAGGAAGCAUCCGGAGCUAGAGAGGGGCGGAAGCAGCAGUCCGGACGUGUUGGAGGAGAUGUUGGGGGAGCUAUUUGAAGGAUAACAGCUACUAGCUGCUUGAGGGAUGCAGACCAUAUCUCAUGUCUAUAGUUCUUACUGUAUUUGCAUUAUUCCUUCUUUUUUUUACUUUUGAAGUGAAGUUGUAUUCGUGGCUGGCCAUUCGAUUUGAAGUGUAUUUGAAAUCGUGCUUGAGGGA